AAUCAAAUUUGAAUCCCCAUUUCAUCUGACAAAAUCCACCAGAAGAAAAGAAAGAGAGAGAGAGAGAAAGAGAAGGCGAAGAGCACAAUGGGGAAAGAUCUGAGCAACGAUCAAAUAUCCUCCAUGAAGGAGGCAUUCACUCUCUUCGAUACCGACGGCGACGGAAAAAUCUCCCCAUCGGAGGUAGGUAUCCUAAUGCGUUCACUCGGAGGUAACCCUACCCAAGCUCAACUCAAAUCAAUAAUCGCCGAGGAAAAACUCACAUCGCCGUUCGAUUUCAACCGGUUUUUGGAACUCAUGUCGAAACACCUUAAACCGGAGCCAUUUGAUCGCCAAUUACGCGAUGCGUUCAAGGUACUUGAUAAAGACGGCACUGGUUACGUCGUCGUUUCGGAUCUAAAGCAUAUUUUAACUAGUAUUGGUGAGAAGCUUGAGCCUUCGGAAUUUGAUGAGUGGAUCCGAGAAGUUGAUGUUGGAUCUGAUGGUAAGAUCCGGUAUGAAGAUUUCAUUGCUAGGAUGGUUGCCAAGUGAUUUUUACAUGUGAUUUGCAUCUUUGGCUAUAUUACUCAAUAGCAAGAAACAGGACCUAACUUUGCCCUUGGUAGCUUUGCCCUUUCAUUUGCAUUUGGAGUGUAUCUCUCAUUAGCCAUUUUGCUAAUCGUCGAUUUUAUUGUAUUUUCCCCUUACUGUCAUGGAACAACUUUUUGGUCAAAUGUUUGGAUUAUAUCUAGCAUGUAUCGCUUCUUGCAAUGUUAAACCAGUUAUGUUUAGUUCAGAUACCAUGUAUCUUUAACUCAACGCUUCAAUGUUGCUACUUGUAGUUCAGUUAUUGAUUCAAAGCUUCAGCAGGGAUGAACUUUUAUGUGUAUUGAUGGAGUAGAUACAUGUAACAUCAAUCAAAAUAGCAAGAACUGUAUGCUUUGAUAGUAUUAUUUCUAUUAGUGUAUGCCAAAGGGUUGUUUUAUGAA